GUUAAGAACCCUAAUAAGAAUCCAUCUUCUCCCCCAAAAUCAAAAAGUCCACACAUUUCCCCAAAUUCAUUCCCUCUCUCUCUUCUUUCUCUCUCUAAACAGGAAUCAAAUUCGCCAUGGGAAACGCAGAGAAGCUGAUGCAGCAGAUCAUGGAUCUGAAAUUCACGUCGAAGAGCCUCCAGCGGCAGGCGCGCAAGUGCGAGAAGGAGGAGAAAGCCGAGAAAUUGAAGGUGAAGAAGGCGAUCGAGAAGGGCAACAUGGACGGCGCCCGGAUCUACGCCGAGAACUCCAUCCGCAAGCGCAGCGAGCAGAUGAAUUACCUCCGCCUCUCCUCCCGCCUCGACGCCGUCGUCGCCCGCCUCGACACCCAGGCAAAGAUGACCUCAAUCAGCAAGUCCAUGGGCAACAUCGUCAAAUCCCUCGAGUCAACCCUCGCCACCGGUAACCUCCAGAAGAUGUCGGAGACCAUGGACCAGUUCGAGAAGCAGUUCGUCAACAUGGAAGUCCAGGCCGAGUUUAUGGAGAGCUCCAUGGCCGGCAGCACCUCCCUCUCCACACCUGAAAGUGACGUCAACAGCCUUAUGCAGCAGGUGGCCGAUGAUUACGGUCUCGAGGUUUCCGUCGGCCUUCCUCAGGCCGCCGCCCACGCAGUUUCCGUCAAGAACACCGAGAAGGUCGACGAGGAUGAUCUCACCAGGCGUCUGGCGGAGCUCAAGGCACGCGGCUGAGAAAAUUUGGCUGGAGAAUUAUUUGGUACCUGAGCUAUAUUAUUCUGUGUAGCUAGGGUUUAUUGCUGAUUUUCUGCUUAUUCCUGUGGUGUGAAAUUAAAAUGUCUGGAUUUCUCGAAAUCUCAGAUGUCUUUUAUGUGUAUAAAUUUCGAACCCGUUCCGUUGAUGUGUCGACUUUGUGUUCUCUUUGGUAUUUUAUUUUCUUGAUUAUGGAAUGUAGAGCAAUGUUUAGUAAGGCAAAAUGGUAAUAUAGUUUUAUCGACGAUGAAGCUUGGGGUUUUAAGUACCACAUAAUAAGUGAUUCGGUAUUGAUUUAUAUGGAUUUAACU